AAAAUAAACUGUAAUAUAGUGAGGGAAGAUAGCAUAACGCCACUGAAGGGUAAAUUAUAGUGAGGAAAGAUAGUAUACCGCCACUGAAGGGUAAAGUGUGUGAGCAAGAAGAGAGGCUCAAGAGGAGGAGGAGCCACAGGAGGCGCACACACACCGGCCAAGAGAAGAGGAGGAGGGUGCGGGAAGGAAGGAAGCCGCCGUGUCCCUGGAGGAGAGGUGAGCCUGGCCGCCGCCUGGGAGUGUGUUGGCCCAGAGCCUGGCCGGGGCGGCGCGCUGCACCAAUCAAUACACACACGGGGCUGCAGGCCAUGGCUUCCCCCCUGGGUGAGGAAAACCUGGAGGAUGUGCCCAUCGACGACUUCAAGGGGACGACCCUCCGUCUGGAGCCUGCCUCGGGACAACCCUCGCGAAGUGUCAGCCCCAGCGGGGACGCCGCCCCCAGGUUUAUUGAUGAAAGGAACCGCCCCAUCCUGCGCACUGCCAUCAGUGACCCCACAACAGACAUAGUCACACCUCCAACUCCAGACCAGGCUAACAACUUCUACUGUAGUCAAGGAUUGAGUCGAUCAUUUUAUCAACAACCUCCCAUUGGCCGACCUCGCAGGGCUUCAUGGCACGCAGAUACUGGCACUGAACCUGGCAUUGAUGAGUUUUUCUCUGUGAGGGUUGGUGCUCUGGAGCAGGCUGUGGAGGAAUGCCGACACCUCACUGUUCCAGACAGUGAUGGUGCCAUAAAGGGGGCAUGGCUUUUAACAGAGAUAAAUCACUGGGACAUAGAGAAAGAACGAGUAGUGGUCCUAUGUGACAGGACCCUGUUAGUUGUAAAGUAUGAUUUCAUUGCUCUACGGUCCGUAGAAUUCACCCGUAUUAAUCUCACAUCCUUGGAGAACCUUCAGAUUGGAGAGCUGACCUACCCCAGCCAUUCCCUUGUACCGCGCAUAAGUGGCAUAGCUGGUGGAGUGGUAACUGUCCUUCGCACCUGCUUGUUAAGUAGACUUCAGAACACCAUCGCCACUAUCAGCUCCAAGGCAACAGGGUCUUCUCGCAAUGAGCCAAGGGAACCUACCACAGAAAACCAGUACUCUCUCUCAACAGUUAGUUUUGAACCCAGAUCUCGUAAUAUGCAGGGUUUUCGUGUGACAUGGAACAAUGGUCACCAGAUAUCUUUUGCUCAAAAGUGGAAUCCUUGGAGUAGAGAUAUUCCUUACACCACCUUCACCUCACACCCACUCUACUGGUACACAGGUUGUGAAAAUGUUAUUUAUGAUGCCAAGAACCUUUCUAAGGAGCUGAAGCUUGCAAUAGAGCAGUUGCAAGACCAAGCACAAGAAGAAGUUUCCUGCACCAUCAGCCAAGGCCCCAUCGUCAUUGAAAACUAUUUAGGAAUUGCUUCACUUCUUCAUAAUGCCACAGAACUUGGUUUCUUCAAACUUCGAGGCAAAGUGAGUUUUUAAAA